CGGGCCGGGGGGCCGGGCAGGGCCGGGGUUCCUGGGCCGGGCCCGGCGCGGCUGUGCAGUGCAGGCACAGCCCCUCGGGCCCCGGCCCGGCCAGGCCAUGCGGCAGGAGUGUGUGCGGCCCAAGCUCCUCCCCGCCUCCCCUCCCCUCCCCUCGCCGCGCCGCGGGGACGUGGACUCGGCGGGACAUGGAGGCGGGCGGCGGGGCCGGGGCCCGAUGUCCCGCGCUGCUGCUGCUGCUGCUGGCGGCGGCGCUGGGAGGCGAAGCGGAGGCGGAGGAGCCGCGCCCGGCGCGGCAGCGCGGGGACGAGCAGUGCCAUUACUACGCGGGCGGGCAGGUGUACCCCGGGGAGGCGGCCCGGCUGCCCGUCUCCGACCAUUCGCUGCACCUUAGCCAGGCUAAGAUCUCCAAGCCAGCACCUCACUGGGAGGGAACAGCAGUCAUUAAUGGAGAGUUUAAAGAGCUGAAGUUAACAGAUUAUGAAGGAAAAUAUCUUGUCUUCUUCUUUUAUCCUCUUGACUUUACGUUUGUCUGUCCAACUGAGAUAAUUGCCUUCAGUGACCGAAUUGAAGAAUUCAGAGCAAUAAAUACCGAAGUAGUAGCAUGUUCUGUGGAUUCAAAAUUCACUCAUUUAGCAUGGAUUAAUACUCCUCGUAAACAAGGAGGACUUGGACCAAUGAAGAUUCCCCUUCUUUCUGACCUGACACACCAGAUUUCAAAGGAUUACGGAGUGUAUUUGGAAGAUCAAGGACAUACCCUUAGAGGCCUUUUCAUUAUUGAUAAUAAGAGAAUCCUUCGACAGAUCACAAUGAAUGACCUUCCUGUUGGGAGAUCAGUGGAUGAAACACUUCGUUUAGUACAAGCAUUCCAGUACACAGACAAACAUGGAGAAGUUUGCCCUGCUGGUUGGAAACCUGGCAGUGAAACAAUCAAACCAGAGGAAGCCAUGAGAGUGUGGUGGCCAAGGGAAGAACUAUAAUUCCAGAUCCAGCUGGAAAACUGAAGUAUUUUGAUAAACUAAACUGAGGCUUGCUUCUGUUGAAUUAAAUAGGUCACAUACUUCUUGAUUUUUGCCAAUAAAAUUUCAUUAAUUUUUG